AUGAAAUUUAUUUUUGUUGUUGCGGCAAUCUUUAUUAUUGGAACUUAUGCUGGCUCACCAAGCUACAAUCCACUUCCAUUUCCAAUAACAUCACCACUGUCUUGUGGUGAAAUUGAAAUUCUUGUCAAUCAAUUAAGCGAAGCUGCUCGCGAAGCUCUUAAAAGUCAAGUCUUGCAACGUCCACGUUUACUUGAUCUUGGAAAUCUUUUAAAUGGAAAUCUUUUGGGCAGCGUCCUUAGUGGAAUAUUGUCAGGUCUUAACAUUUUGAACCUUGACAAAGUCUUGCUUAGUAACAUACUCAGUCCAACAAUUGUCUUGCCAAAGAGUGAUAUUGAUACUGAAUUCGAUCCAACUUGGAAUUGCUUAGUCAACUUUUUUGAAUCUGAAUAA